UGACAAUAUUGUUCUAUUGUCAUAUAAAGAACAAUAAAAAAUGGAAGCAACUGCUGGUAAAUUUGUGUUCACCAUUGUUGUAGCUGUGAUUGUGAGCUGGGGAUGGAAAAUACUAAACUGGGUAUGGCUGAAGCCAAAGAAGCUAGAGAAAUUGUUGAGAGAACAAGGGUAUAAAGGUAAUUCAUACAAGCUGCUCAAGGGUGACGUCAUAGAGUUUGGAAGAACCAUGAAGGAAGCAAGAUCAAAGUCUAUGCCUGUCUCCCAUGAUAUCAUUUCACAUGUUAUGCCUUUUGAACAUUACAUCUUCAACAAAUACGGUAAAAAGUCUUAUAUAUGGUUCGGGCCAAGCCCUCGGGUCUACGUCAUGGACCCAGAACUGAUCAAAGAGAUAUUAUCAAGACCCAACGACUUUCAGAGGCCACAAAAAGAGCCGGUUAGGGAUAGCAUUACUGGUGGACUUUUGCUCUCCGAGGGUCCUAAAUGGACCAAACAUCGUCGCAUUAUCAACCCAGCCUUUCAUCUUGAAAGUAUAAAGGGUAUGUUCUCGAAUAUUUGUUUAAGUUGUAAUGAAAUGGUUAACAAAAUGGAACUGUUGGUGGCCGAAAAUGGGGUGGCGGAAGUUGACGUGUGGCCAUAUAUCGAUAACUUGUCUGGAGAUGUGAUUUCGCGAGCAGCAUUCAACAGUAAUUACGAAGAAGCACAAAAAAUAUUCCAUAUCCAGAAGGAACAAAUCGAUUUAGUGGUUCAACUGCUAUACACUUUUUAUAUUCCGGGAGGAAGGCUUAUACCUACAAAAGCAAACAAGAAGUUUAAACAAAACCGCAAGGAGCUACAAGUUCUUGCCAAGGACAUUGUCGAAACUAGGAAGAAAGCAAUCGAGAUGGGAGCUGAUAGCAACAAAGACUUACUAGGGAUUUUGCUCGCAUCAAAUUCAAAGGAAAUCAAAGAAAAUGGAGUUGGAUUAAGUAUUGAAGACGUGAUUGAAGAAUGCAAACUGUUUUACAUUGCAGGAUCCGAAACAACCUCAAAUUUGAUUCUUUGGACCAUGGUUUGUCUAAGUAUGCAUCAAGAAUGGCAAAACAAAGCCCGACAAGAGAUUACACAAGUUUUUGGUGGUGGAGAACCACAUUUUGAAGGCCUGAAACAUCUCAAGAUUGUGACAAUGAUACUAAACGAGGUUCUUAGGCUAUACCCAACAGUAGUCAAAAUUCUACGCAAUACUGCCAAUGAAACAAAGCUAGGAAACAUGAUGUUGCCAUCGGGUGUGAACAUAAUCAUAUCUAUAAUUAAUGUUCAUCAUGACCCUGAAAUAUGGGGAGAAGAUGCAACAGAGUUCAAACCAGAAAGAUUCUCGGAAGGAGUAGGAAAUGCAACAAAGGGCAGAGGAUCGGUGUGUUUUAUGCCAUUUGGUGGUGGUCCGAAGAUUUGCAUAGGGCAAAACCUUGCCAUGGUAGAAGCUAAAACAGCUAUAGCUAAGAUUUUGCAACGGUUCUCGUUUGAGUUGUCUCCAUCUUACCAACAUUCUCCAUCUGCAGUGUUCAGUCUUCCACCACAAUUUGGUGCUCAAUUAAUUUUACAAAAGAUAUAGGUGUUGGUGUUUUGUGUGUGUGAGUAUUGUAUGGUGAUUAUGUAGUAUACAAAUAUAUGAGUUGAAACUUGAAAUGAUCUUCUUGGAUGGCAAUCUGUUGCGUUAAAUUCACAACCCCGAUGCAUUAAAGCUGAAAAUUUUUUAAUAUUAUGGUUACAGUUGUUUAGGAGUUUUGUCGAA